ACAAGGCGCGGGGGAUCGUCCGAAAAUUGGCAGCGCUGCCUCUCUCUCCCCCUCUCUCUCUCCCCUUCACCUUUCUUUCUCAACGGAAGUCGCGUUUUGUUAGCAAAAAUCUUCUUUUCAGUAAGAAAAAUAAAAGAAAUUUGGAAAAAAAGGCAGCUGAAGAAGAAAAAUGUUAGAGUAGCAAAACACGAGAAAGUAGAUCUUGCUUCUCUUAAUCUUUGAUCCAUUUGGACGGGAUCAGUUCGAUCUGUUCUUCAAGAACUCGGAUUAAUCUAUUUCAGUGUACUGUUUGGGAUUUUUUAGUGAAGAAAUUGGGGUAAUAUAUGGAGCUCUGAGAUCGUUCUGGAUCGUGCUGGUAGGUCGGGAUCUACGGCGCUUAUUGGAAGUGGGGAUGUAUCGGAUGACGACCUUCCUUGGAUGACAACUUCACAUGUUUCAAUCAUCUCGGAAAACGAUGAAAUGGGUUACAUUGCUUAAGGACUUCAAAGAGAAAGUUGGGCUAUCGCAAUAUCCUUCUGCAUCUUCGUCUUCAACCGCAGCUACUGACAGUGGAGGAGCUGUACCGUCGGCCAAACAUGAACUCGUUUCAUCGUCCUCGUCUCCUGGAAGAGACAAGCAUGAACUGGAGUCAGACUUCAAGAGAUUCUGGGAAGAGUUCAGAUCAUCCAGCUCGGAAAAGGAGAAAGAAGUGGCACUGAACAUGGCUGUAUAUGUUUUCUGUAGAUUAGCGAAACAAUACACAAAUAUAGCUCAAUUAGUUAGCAUAUUAGUUGAAACACACAUAUUCUCUUUUGUUGUGGGAAGAGCAUUUGUAACAGAUAUUGAGAAAUUGAAAAUCAGUAACAAGACAAGAUCAUUGGAUGUUGGGACAGUCUUGAGGUUUUUCUCAGAAGUCACAAAGGAUGACAUUUGUCCCGGUUCAAAUUUGUUACAUGCAGUUGAAGUCCUUGUAUCUGGGACCAUUGACAAACAAUCUCUCCUUGAUUCUGGGAUACUGUGCUGUCUUAUUCAUAUUCUCAAUGCACUUCUUAGCCUGGAUGAGGCGAGCCAAAGGAAAAUAGCAUCCAACUCAGAAGAAUCAAGGUCAGUUGCAAAAGGCCAUGAUGGGGAGGAUGUCACACAUGUUCGUAGGCUUGAGAUAGAGGGAACUAUUGUGCAUAUUAUGAAAGCAUUGGCCAGCCAUCCUUCAGCUGCACAGAGUUUAAUUGAGGAUGAUUCGCUUCAAUUACUGUUUCAGAUGGUUGCUACUGGCUCUUUGACUGUUUUUUCUCGAUUUAAAGAGGGCCUUAUUCCCUUGCACACCAUUCAACUUCAUCGACAUGCCAUGCAGAUACUUGGUCUUCUUUUGGUUAAUGACAAUGGAAGCACAUCAAAGUACAUACGUAAACAUCAUCUGAUAAAAGUUCUUUUAAUGGCUGUCAAGGAUUUUAAUCCUGAAAGUGGUGACUCUGCAUACACCAUGGGAAUUGUAGACUUGUUACUUGAAUGUGUGGAAUUGUCAUACAGAUCUGAGGCUGGUGGGAUCAGGCUCAGGGAGGAUAUACAUAAUGCCCAUGGAUAUCAGUUUCUUGUUCAGUUUGCUUUGAUUCUUUCUACCUUGCAGAGAGAUCAGGGCACUGAAUCUAAUUAUUCAACCUGCUCUUCCGAGGAAAGUUUUGUUUCAGAUGGUAAUGGUACAUCUUACAUUGUAGGAAGACAAGAUUCAACAGGUAAAGGUGGGGAAACCUCACAACAGCAGCUUUCUCCAUCGCUUUCCCGGUUGCUUGAUGUUAUUGUCAAUUUAGCUCAAACUGGUCCAGCUGAACCCACUGUAUCAGUUGGAAAAGGCUCCAAGUCUUCUCAUGGCAAGGCAAGUGGCCAUGGAAAAAGUCAUACUUCAUCUUCUGAUCAACUCAGUGAAGAAAUUUGGGAGAAGGCUAAUACUAAAGUUAAAGAUCUUGAAGCAAUCCAAAUGUUGCAGGAUAUUUUCCUCAAAGCUAAUAGCAUAGAACUGCAAGCAGAGGUUUUGAGUAGAAUGUUUAAGAUAUUUUCAAGUCACCUUGAGAACUACAAGUUGUGCCAGCAAUUACGGACAGUGCCUCUUUUCAUCCUAAAUAUGGCAGGCUUUCCUUCAUCAUUGCAGGAGAUAAUUCUGAAGAUUCUGGAAUAUGCUGUUACUGUUGUUAAUUGUGUUCCUGAACAAGAAUUGCUUUCACUUUGCUGCUUAUUGCAGCAACCAAUAACAUCUGAGUUAAAACAUACUAUUCUUUCUUUCUUUGUAAAAUUAUUAUCAUUUGAUCAGCAGUAUAAGAAAGUUCUGCGAGAAGUUGGUGUUCUGGAAGUUCUCAUAGAUGACCUGAAACAACACAAACUUUUUUCUGGCUCAGAUCAGAAUAAUAGAAGCCCCAAUCAACUGGAGAGGAAGUCCAGCUCAAGCAGCUUCAAGAAACACAUGGACAGUAAGGAUGCUAUCAUUUCCUCUCCCAAACUAAUGGAAUCCUGUCCUGGAGAGUUCUCACUUUUCGAAACUGAGAGUACAAUUACUGUUGCUUGGGAUUGUAUGGUCUCUCUAUUGAAGAAAGCCGAAGCCAGUCAGUCACCAUUCCGAUUAUCUCAUGGUGUGACAAUUGUUCUCCCAUUUUUAGUAUCUGAUAUUCACCGUUCAGGAGUUCUCCGGAUAUUAUCCUGUUUAAUUAUUGAAGAUGUUACACAGGCUCAUCCAGAAGAAUUAGGUGCACUGGUUGAUGUUUUAAAAAGUGGGAUGGUUACAAGUGUAUCUGGAUCCCAGUUUAAGCUUCAAGAUGAUGCAAAAUGUGAUACUUUGGGAGCUUUGUGGCGCAUCUUGGGAGUAAAUAAUUCAGCUCAAAGGGUCUUUGGUGAAGCUACUGGAUUUUCUCUUCUACUAACUACACUCCAUAGUUUCCAGAGUGAUGGUGAACAGACAAAUGGCCAAUCUUCUUUACUGGCUCACAUGAAGGUUUUUACAUUUUUACUGCGAGCUGUGACAGCUGGAGUGUGUGGUAAUGCUAUCAACAGGACAAGGCUACAUGUUGUUAUAUCUUCUCAAACCUUUUAUGAUCUUUUGACUGAGUCUGGUUUGCUAUGCGUGGAUUGUGAAAGACAAAUAAUCCAAUUGCUUCUAGAACUUGCUCUUGAGAUUGUGCUUCCACCAUACUCUGGCUUAAUGUCAGAGAAUGCUCCAUCAUCUGAAAUGAUUGAAGCUGGAUCAGCUAGUUUUCUUUUAAGUGUUUUGCCAGGUUCUUUUAGUCCUGAGAAGGAACGGGUGUAUAAUGCUGGUGCCAUAGGAGUUCUCAUCAGGUCUUUGCUACUCUUUACUCCAAAGGCACAGCUAGAACUUCUAAGCUUCAUUAAAAAGCUUGCUCAUGCUGGUCCCUUCAAUCAGGAAAAUCUGACAUCUGUAGGUUGUGUAGGACUUCUUCUGGAGACAGUCAGACCAUUUAUGAUGAGAUCAUCACCAUUAGUUUCCCAUGCAUUGCAGAUUGUUGAAGUGCUUGGGGCAUACAGGUUGUCAUCAGCAGAGCUUCGAAUACUUGUUAGAUAUAUUUUGCAAAGCAAGAUGAUGAGUUCAGGUAAUAUUCUUGUUGAAAUGAUGGAGAGGUUAAUUCAAAUGGAAGACAUGGCCUCAGGAAAUGUUUCUUUGUCACCAUUUGUUGAGAUGGAUAUGGGUAAGAUUGGGCAUGCUUCUGUUCAAGUAUCUUUAGGAGAAAGAUCAUGGCCUCCUGUUGCUGGUUAUUCAUUUGUCUGUUGGUUUCAGCAUCAGAAUUUCUUGAAAGUACAGGCAAAGGAACAAGAAAAUCCUUCCCGCAGUGGCCCUUCUAAAAAGAGGAGUUCCUCUGGUGGGCAGCAAUCUAGCAGAAAUGUUCUACGGAUCUUUUCAGUCGGUGCAGUGGAUGAUGGCAACACAUUCUAUGCAGAACUUUACCUUCAAGAUGAUGGCGUUUUAACUCUUGCAACCAGCAACUCCUGCUCUUUAUCUUUUUCUGGGUUAGAGUUGGAGCAAGGUAGGUGGCAUCACCUUGCAGUUGUGCAUAGUAAACCCAAUGCUUUGGCUGGACUUUUCCAAGCUAGUAUUGCAUAUGUCUAUAUAAAUGGGAAGCUAAGACACACAGGAAAGCUAGGGUAUUCACCAUCUCCAGUUGGAAAAUCAUUGCAAGUGACCAUUGGGACACCAGCUACUUGUGCAAAAGUUAGUGAAUUUUCCUGGAGGCUCCGCUGCGGUUAUCUUUUUGAGGAGGUGUUGACGUCAGGUGGCAUUUGCUUAAUGUAUAUUCUAGGUAGAGGAUAUAGAGGGCUCUUCCAAGAUACGGAUCUUUUGCAAUUUGUUCCUAACCAGGCUUGUGGUGGGGGUAGUAUGGCCAUCUUGGAUUCGUUGGACAAUGAGUCACCUUUGGCAUCGAACAGACUUGACAGUGCAGCCAAACAAGGGAACCUGAAGUCGGAUGGUAGUGGGGUUGUUUGGGACUUGGACAGACUUGGAAACCUCUCACUGCAGAUCUCUGGGAAGAAGCUUAUAUUUGCAUUUGAUGGAACAUCCUCAGACACUUCAAGAGCAGCUGGAACUCUAUCUAUGGUCAAUCUAGUUGAUCCACUGUCAGCUGCUGCUUCUCCUAUUGGCGGUAUACCACGAUAUGGUCGUCUUCAUGGGGAUAUUUACAUCUGUAGGCAAUGUGUGAUUGGUGAUAGCAUACAAAUGGUUGGUGGGAUGGCUGUUGUCCUAGCCCUUGUUGAAGCUGCUGAAACUAGGGAUAUGUUGCACAUGGCCCUAAAGUUACUUCAUUGUGCACUUCAUCAGAACCCUCGGAAUGUGUGGGAUAUGCAAGCCUAUAGAGGAUAUCAUUUGCUUGCUCUUUUUCUGCAUCAUAGAAUGUCAUUAUUUGACAUGCAGUGUCUUGAGAUUUUUUUCCAGAUUGCUGCCUGUGAGGCUUCAUUCUCUGAACCACAGAAGCUGCAAGAUAAUCAUCUUAAUGCUUCCCUGGGUGUAGGUAUUCAGGAAGCAAGCUAUGAAGAUCUUUCUUUAUCAAGGUUUUCUGAUGAAGGUUCCUCAGUUGGAUCCCAUGGAGAUUUGGAUGAUUUUUCUGGACAAAAAGAUUAUUCAUUCAGCCAUAUCUCAGAGCUUGAAAAUGCAGAUAUGCCUACAGAGAUAUCAAAUUGUAUUGUUUUGUCCAAUGCGGAUAUGGUUGAACAUGUCUUACUGGAUUGGACUUUGUGGGUGACAUCUCCUAUUCCAAUUCAAAUUGCUCUACUUGGAUUUCUUGAGCGUCUGGUAUCUAUGCAUUGGUACAGAAAUCAUAAUCUUACUGUCUUGCGCCGAAUCAAUCUUGUCCAACAUUUAUUAGUGACUUUGCAAAGAGGUGAUGUGGAAGUUCCUGUCUUAGAGAAACUAGUUAUAUUGCUUGGAGUUAUUUUAGAGGAUGGCUUUUUGGCUUCUGAACUGGAAUAUGUGGUCAAGUUUGUUAUUAUGACAUUUGAUCCCCUUGAACUAAGACCACGUCAUCAAAUUGUUCGGGAGUCAAUGGGGAAACAUGUUAUUGUACGAAAUAUGUUACUGGAGAUGCUUAUUGAUUUACAAGUUACAAUAACUUCUGAAGAUUUGGUUGAACAAUGGCACAAGAUUGUCUCAUCCAAGUUAAUAACAUGUUUUCUUGAUGAAGCCGUUCAUCCUACCAGUAUGAGAUGGAUCGUGACUCUUCUUGGUGUUUGUCUUGCUUCUUCUCCUACAUUUUCACUUAAGUUUCGUACAAGUGGAGGUUAUAGUGAAUUGGCGCGUGUACUUCCAAGCUUCUUUGAUUCCCCAGAAAUAUACUACGUUCUCUUUUGUCUAAUAUUUGGCAAGACUGUUUAUCCAAGAUUACCGGAAGUCCGCAUGUUAGACUUCCAUGCUCUUAUGCCAAAUGAUGGUAGUUCUGUAGAAUUGAAGUUUGUGGAGCUUUUGGAAUCUGUUAUUGCAAUGGCAAAAUCUACAUUUGAUAGGUUAAGCAUGCAGGCAAUGGCUGCUCACCAAAUGGGCAACCUUUCACAAGUUAGUGCUAGCCUUGUGGCUGAGCUUGCAGAAGAAACAACAGAUAUGGCAGGAGAUCUUCAGGGUGAGGCUCUAAUGCAUAAAACAUAUGCAGCACGUCUAAUGGGUGGAGAGGCAGCGUCUCCUGCAGCUGCAACAGCAGUCCUGAGAUUUAUGGUUGAUCUGGCGAAAAUGUGCCCUCCUUUCUCUGCUGUAUGUAGACGAGCGGAAUUUCUUGAAAGUUGCAUAGAUCUGUACUUUUCUUGUGUAAGAGCUGCUUGUGCGGUGAAGAUGGCAAAGGACCUCUCAGUAGGAACAGAAGACAAAAACUUAAUUGAUGCUGAUGAUACCCACAGUUCUCAGAAUACAUUCUCCAGUUUGCCUCAUGAACAUGAAAAGUCUGCCAAAACAUCCAUAAGUGUUGGAAGUUUUCCUCCAGGGCAGGAAAGCUCAGGUUCUGAAGAUACUCAUGGGUCCCAAAGCUUUUUGGUCAGUGAUAAGACAGAGGAAAAGGAUAUCUUACUGCAUGAGGAAUCAAACAAGCCACUUCAGGGAGAAGAUGCUAUGGCUGUUCAUAAUUUUGAUGGUGAAAGUCUUGACAAGAUAUCUAUGGUCACCUCCAGCACCAAUGGAAUUAAUUUCCCCAGCAUAAAUGGGACACAAGAUUCUCUCCAUCCAUUAACUAUUCCUGAUUCUCCUGCUUUAUCUGAGAAGUCUAAUCCCAUUACUCCAUUCACACCAUCUCCAUCCCCAAUGGUUGCAUUGACAUCAUGGCUUGGCAGCACAGGAAGUAAUGAAGUAAUAACUCCAUUAGUUGCCACUCCAUCCAUAAAAUCGUCUGUGUCCAUGAGUGAAUUUGAUGCAUUUCAAGAUUUGAAGUCCAGUUCUCAGCCACUAUCUUCCAUAAACACGUUUUUAUCUGUUAAUCCAGAAUUUCUUCUUGAAAUGGAUGAUUCUGGUUAUGGUGGUGGUCCAUGUUCUGCUGGAGCUACUGCUGUUUUAGAUUUCAUGGGAGAAGUUCUUGCUGAUAUUGUGACAGAGCAAAUGAAAGCAACACAGGUCAUAGAAAGCAUUUUAGAAACUGUUCCAUUGUAUGUGGAUGCAGAAUCUGUGUUGGUUUUUCAAGGUCUAUGCCUAAGUAGACUGAUGAAUUUCCUUGAAAGGCGCCUCUUGCGUGAUGACGAGGAAAAUGAGAAAAAGCUAGAUCGAAGUCGGUGGUCUAUAAACUUGGAUACAUUAUGUUGGAUGAUAGUGGAUCGUGUGUACAUGGGUGCAUUUCGUUGUCCAGGUGGUAUAUUGGGAACCCUGGAAUUCUUACUAUCCAUGUUACAGUUAGCUAACAAGGAUGGACGAAUUGAAGAAGCAGCGCCUACAGGAAAAGGUCUUCUAUCCAUCACAAGAGCAAGCAGGCAACUUGAUACAUAUAUCUGUGCACUUCUUAAAAAUACGAAUCGUAUGAUAAUGUACUGUUUCCUGCCAUCAUUCUUAGUGACCAUUGGGGAAGUUGAUCUUCUUUCAUGCUUAGGCUUGCAGCUAGAACCUAAGAAGAGUUUAUCCUCAAGUCCUUCACAAGAGGAGUCAGGGAUUGACAUAUGUACAGUCUUACAGUUAUUAGUUGCUCAUAAAAGAAUUCUAUUCUGUCCCAGCAAUAUUGAUACUGAUCUAAAUUGUUGUCUUUGUAUAAAUUUAAUCUCUCUUCUGCGUGAACAAAGGCAAAAUGUACGCAACAUGGCCAUGGAUGUUUUCAAAUAUAUGCUGGUGCAUCGUCGGGCUGCAUUAGAGGAAUUGCUUGUAUCUAAAUCAAAGCAAGGACAGAAUUUUGAUGUCCUUCAUGGUGGUUUUGACAAACUAUUGACUGGGAGUUCGUCAGUGUUCUUUCAAUGGCUUCAGAAUUCUGACCAUGUGAUCAAUAAAGUGUUGGAACAAUGUGCUACUAUUAUGUGGGUGCAGUAUAUUUCUGGAUCAGGAAAGUUCCCUGGGGUGAGAAUAAAAGGCAUGGAGGGUCGUCGUAAGAGAGAGAUGGCAAGAAGAUCAAGGGAUACAUCAAAGUUAGACAUAAGACACUGGGAACAGGUGAAUGAACGGCGUUAUGCACUUGAAUUGGUUCGUGAUGCAAUGUCAACUGAGCUGAGAGUUGUUCGCCAAGAUAAAUAUGGUUGGGUUCUUCAUGCUGAGAGUGAAUGGCAAACUCAUCUCCAACAACUAGUACAUGAGAGAGGAGUAUUCCCAAUGCGGAAAUCUACCUCAUCUGAAGAACCUGAAUGGCAGCUUUGUCCCAUUGAAGGGCCUUAUCGAAUGCGCAAAAAACUUGAGCGCUGCAAAAUGAAAAUUGACACAAUUCAGAAUGUUCUUGAUGAAAACUUUGAUUUGGGGGAAGCAGAGCUAUCCAAAAGGAAAAUUAAGAAUGAUCUGGAUGAAACUGAUUCUGGUUCAUUUUUUAAUCUCUCUUCUGAUGGUGAGAAAGAAAAGUGCUUUGAUGGUGGUGAGUACAUUGAAUCAUUUUUCAAAGAAACAGACAAUACCAAAGAAGGAGACAUAACGUCUGCUGUCCUUGGGUUUCAUGAUGACCGGGCUAGCAGUAUAAAUGAAUCAAGUCUUCACUCUGCCCUUGAGUUUGGUGUCAAGUCCAGUGCUGUUUCUAUCCCAAUAACAGAGAGCUUUCAUGGAAAAUCUGAUUUUGGUUCUCCAAGGCAGUCCACAUCCACUAAAAUUGAUGAGACAAAAGCUACAGAUGAUAAAUUGGAUAAGGAAUUGCAUGACAAUGGUGAAUAUCUAAUUAGACCUUACCUUGAACCUCUUGAAAAGAUACGUUUCAGAUAUAACUGUGAGCGUGUUGUAGGCCUUGACAAGCAUGAUGGUAUAUUUCUGAUAGGGGAACUUUGUUUGUAUGUUAUUGAGAAUUUCUACAUUGAUAACUCUGGUUGUAUAUGUGAAAAGGAAUGCGAGGAUGAACUUUCUGUGAUUGAUCAGGCUUUGGGUGUGAAGAAGGAUGUUACUGGGAGUUCAGAUUUCCAAUUAAAGUCACCUUCUUCAUGGAAUCAAACUGUCAAGGCAUGGGUUGGGGGAAGAGCAUGGGCAUACAAUGGUGGUGCUUGGGGAAAGGAGAAAGUGUGUAGUAGUGGUAAUCUGCCUCAUCCUUGGCGUAUGUGGAAGCUCAAUAGUGUUCAUGAGCUUUUGAAACGUGAUUACCAGUUGCGUCCUGUUGCUAUUGAGAUAUUCAGCAUGGAUGGAUGUAAUGAUCUUCUAGUCUUCCAUAAAUGGGAGAGAGAGGAAGUGUUCAAAAAUUUGAUCUCCAUGAAUCUUCCAAGGAACAGAAUGCUAGACACAACUAUUUCAGGGUCAUCAAAACAAGAAGGGAAUGAGGGAAGUCGUCUUUUCAAGGUUAUGGCGAAGUCCUUCUCAAAGAGGUGGCAGAAUGGCGAAAUUAGCAAUUUCCAAUACCUCAUGUACCUCAACACUCUAGCAGGACGUGGAUAUAGUGAUCUUACACAGUAUCCAGUGUUCCCAUGGGUUCUUGCAGAUUAUGCGAGUGAAACUUUGAACUUGGAUGAUCCCAAAACAUUCCGUAAACUUGACAAGCCAAUGGGAUGCCAAACAGCUGAGGGGGAGGAAGAAUUCAAGAAAAGAUAUGAGAGCUGGGAUGACCCGGAUGUUCCAAAGUUUCACUAUGGUUCACAUUAUUCCAGUGCUGGAAUUGUGCUUUUCUAUCUUUUGCGUCUUCCACCAUUCAGUACAGAGAAUCAGAAACUACAAGGAGGUCAGUUUGACCAUGCAGACCGUCUUUUUAAUAGUGUAAGGGACACAUGGCUAAGUGCAGCAGGGAAGGGUAACACAUCAGACGUGAAAGAACUGAUUCCAGAAUUUUUUUACUUGCCAGAAUUCCUGGAAAAUCAGUUUAAUCUUAAUUUGGGGGAGAAACAGUCAGGAGAGAAGGUUGGUGAUGUUGUAUUGCCCCCAUGGGCCAAAGGUAGUGCCAGAGAGUUCAUCAGGAAGCACCGGCAAGCUUUGGAAUCAGAUUAUGUUUCAGAAAAUCUUCAUCACUGGAUAGACCUUAUCUUUGGAUAUAAGCAGAGAGGGAAGGCAGCUGAAGAUGCUGUGAAUGUUUUCUAUCAUUAUACAUAUGAAGGGAGUGUCGACAUAGACUCUGUUACAGACCCUGGUAUGAAAGCUUCCAUACUUGCACAGAUUAAUCAUUUUGGGCAGACACCAAAGCAGUUGUUCCUGAAACCCCAUGUGAAACGACGGACUGAUAGGAAGCUCCCUCCUCAUCCACUCCGACACUGUAACCAUCUUGUUCCAAAUGAAGUGCGCAAGAAUUCAUCUUCAAUAACGCAGAUUGUCAUGUUCCAUGAAAAGAUCCUUGUGGCUGGGGCAAAUAGCUUACUUAAACCCAGAACUUUCACCAAGUAUGUUGCAUGGGGUUUCCCUGAUCGUAGCUUGAGAUUUAUAAGCUAUGAUCAAGACAAACUCCUCUCUACACAUGAGAAUCUUCAUGGGGGCAACCAGAUUCAAUGUGCAGGAGCCAGUCAUGAUGGCCAAAUAUUGGUUACUGGUGCUGAUGAUGGGUUGGUAUGUGUUUGGAGAAUUAGCAAGGAUGGACCCCGUAGCCUGCAACGCUUGCUUUUGGAACGUGCACUUUGUGCUCAUACAGCCAAGGUCACAUGCAUGCAUGUAAGCCAGCCUUAUAUGCUGAUUGUGAGUGGUUCAGAUGAUUGUACUGUCAUUUUGUGGGAUCUCAGCAACUUGGUUUUUGUAAGGCAGCUAUCUGAAUUCCCUGCACCAAUUUCGGCCCUCUAUGUGAAUGACCUGACAGGAGAGAUUGUAGCAGCAGCAGGAGUUAUGCUUUCUGUAUGGAGCAUAAAUGGUGACUGCCUUGCAGUGGUCAAUACUUCCCAACUUCCAUCUGAUUUCAUUGUCUCAGUGACAAGUGCAACGUUCUCAGAUUGGUUGGAUACAAACUGGUAUGUAACUGGUCAUCAGAGUGGUGCUGUCAAGGUAUGGCACAUGGUACAUUGUUCUGAAGAGGCUAGCAGUCAAAGCAAGGCAGCCACCAAUUGGAUGGGAGUGUUGGGGCUGGGUGGCAAGGCGCCUGAGUAUAAGUUGGUCCUUCACAAGGUGCUCAAGUCUCAUAAAUUUCCUGUCACUGCUCUUCAUCUUACAAGUGACCAAAAGCAGUUGUUGAGCGGGGAUUCUGAUGGACACCUCCUAUCUUGGACUCUUCCAGUGGAGAGCUUGAGAGCUUCCAUUAAUCAGGGGUGAUAGGGUUAGCGAAACCCAGUUGGUAACUCCAGAUUUUGUUAUAAUUGAGAUAACUAUCGAUUCUUUAUGCAUAACUGUGAUUGGGGUUUGUCCUUGUCGAGGAAUUCUAUAUAUACAGGGAAGCAAAAACAGGACACCAGGGCUGGCGUGGAAAAAAGAGUUGAGAACAUCUGAACAUGGUGACAAGGAUGACAAACCUCCCUUUGAGUUUGGACACUUUCUGAAAAUAGACAAGCAUCAAAGGGGCAUGUGAUGAACACCAUGGUUUAGCUUUCUGGAUGAGAUGGUAAGAGGGGCAUGUUUUGGUGUACUUUAUUGGUCAGGGUUAUGGCUUCAUCUGCUGACACAUCAAGCUACAGGUUUUGGUGUAAAUAGGUGGUGACUAACAUGUUGUAUAGUGUGAUGAACGCUUGCUGGACGGUUGUUUCUGGCAAAAUGUCCGGCAGAGGUUCAUGCGAUGAACAAUAGCUGAUCGAGUGCUUUCUGUCUAAAUCUUUUCAUUUGGUGUAACCACUCUGCAGUGGAAUGUCUACUUCUCUCUUUUCAUACGGACACUACACUCGUGCACACAGGUAGUGUUACUGUUAGAUGAUGGUAACGUAGGUUACCACCAACCCAAGUCUGAUACACAGAUACGGUCGUUUGUUUUGUAUCUCUGGAUUUCGGAUUUCUUAGCUGCUGACGAUUAUCUCCAUUGUUGAAGAUCUCGAACGGUGGAUUGACAUAGAGUUGAUAAAAGGCAUUUGGGAUUUUGAAAAAAAAAAUUAAUGUAACGUGCUAUACAUUACAUGUGAA